GGUACCUUUGGACACCUGCGCACAGUCACAGAUUUCACUUUGAAAGAUUUGGCGGCAUAUCCAGUCUGCAGCAAAGAUGUCUCACCAGGCAGUUAUCCUACAUUUCCUUUGUGUGUUUGGAGUUUUUCAGAGAGGUCUAACAGCUCUGAUAGAAACACAGCAGACUGUGAUGGCAGCAGUGGGAGACAGAGCCUGCUUAAACUGUCAGCUGAUGCAAUCCAAAGAUGUUCUUCAGGUCACAUGGCAGAAACUGUUACCUGAGGGGGAGAAGAAUCUUGCCACCUACAACAAAUAUUUUGGUCAAAGAGUGAAUGCUGCCUUUCAAGGAAACAUGGAGUUUGAAACUGCUGGACUGCAGAACAGCUCCAUAGCUAUCAGGAGGGUGACGGAGCAGGAUGAAGGAUGCUACCGCUGUUUGUUUAACACCUACCCUGAUGGUGCUCUCACAGGUACAACCUGCCUCCAUCUCUAUGAGCUGCAUGAACCCGUCCUACAUGUUGGAGAAUCAAACUCUGCUAAAGAGGCACUUGUGUCCUGCUCGGCCACAGGUCGACCUGCUCCCACAGUAACACUAAGUGUCCUGUCACACAACGGCCACUUUGCUAACCACAGCUCUGUGGGAGUCACCAACACCAACGGUACAGUCACUGUCACCACUACAGUUGUGCUGUCUCGUCUCCAUGACAACAGCACACAGGUUGGAUGUGCAGUGCGAGUGCUCUCUGCUCCUCAGAUAGAGGUGUUGGUGAUGAUUCCUGAGGUCAAACAGUCGUCUGCUGCUGGUUUUGAUAAGCAGACUGAAUCUGACAACAGGGAUUUCAAUUUCACUUUGGUCGCUGUGUUGUCCGUGAUAGUGUCUUGUGUUACUGUAGUAAUCGUAGUGGGUAUAAAAAUCAACCUGCUUAAACAAAAACAUCAGAACAGCCCGUCACACAGAGACUCCGAGGAGAUCAAGACACCUGCAAAAACCAUCAAACCCACUCAUGAGAACAAAACUCCUUUAAUGCAGCCAGAGAACGAGCACCUGAGGCAGCGGACGUCUACUGCGAAAAAACAACAAAACGACAACCCAAAAGCAUGGUCUUCAACAGUGAGGUGUCAGCAAAAGCUAUUUUGACUAAAGGCAACUACUUACACAGAAUAACCCACAAUGCUGCAGUGCCACAAUGACUGACACUGAAAGUCCUGCAUAAGAACCAUCUUUUAAUACAACACUAGGAACAGAUCUGUCACAGUUCAUUUUUUGUACUUACCUUAUCCUUUAUAACCAUCUUUUUAUACACUGCUCAAAAAAUAAAGGGAAAACUAAAAUAACCCAUCCUAGAUCUGAAUGAAUGAAAUAAUCUCAUUAAAUACUCCUUUCUUUACAUAGUUGAAUGUGCUGACAACAAA